UCUUUUGGUCUGAAAAAUCCGCCUGUUAGUUAGAAGUCCUAACGCGCCUAACUACUCCUUUCCUUUCUCAUACACUUCUCCUGUCUCUCUCUCUCUUCUCUCGCUCUGUUUCUGAAUUUGGUCUUCAGAGAAAAUGGAAGCCAUAGACUCAGUCGUCGAUCCUCUCAGAGUGUUCGCGAAGGAAAGCACUCGACUGGUGAAGAGGUGCCACAAGCCUGAUCGCAAAGAGUUCACGAAGGUGGCGAUCCGUACAGCCAUCGGGUUCGUAGCAAUGGGAUUCGUUGGGUUUUUCGUGAAGCUGGUCUUCAUCCCCAUCAACAACAUCAUCGUCGGCUCUGUUUAGAUGGAGAAAUGGAGUUGUGGCACUGGACCACUGCGUCUAUAGAGUGGUACUGUACCAUUGCGUCAGCCGUUUCAGGUCAUGCUUAAGGUUCUGAGUUGACUAGAUCAUGGAGGCAGACAGCAACUUGUGCUCAAAGAGAAAGCAAUAGUAUUUUAGUUUACUUCUCAUUUGGUUGGGCUCUUCUUUGCCUUAGUUCUGUAAAAUUAUGAUGCUUCUUUUUGCCUGAACAUAUGUAAAACUGUGAUACAUCAACUUGUUUAGUUUUCCAUAAUUGAGACCUCAUUCUCUCAUC